GUGGGAAUUUGAAACUAAUGGUACAAUAAAACAUAUUUUGAGGAUUGAUGAAAAUCCAUCUUCUAUGAACAAAUGGCUAAUAUUUAUCACAAUAUUUUCUUCAAUAUUAGAAGCAGUAUUAGUUCCAGUAUUAAUUUUGUCGAUAUGGUUAAUUAUUUACAAAGUAAAACGUAAAAUGAAUGGUUGUGAAUUUAGAUUGUGCAUGCAGGCCACACAUAGUUCUAUGUUUAAGCUUUUCAUAGAUUUAUUUUCCAGAUAUGACAAAUCAUCAAAGGGAAUGCUUGUAUUUAUUAUGUUACUAUUAAUAAUGAAUUUAUUAGGAAAAAAUAUACCAAAUAUUUUGGUUGCAAACGUUAUUGGGAUACAUAAUUUUACAAAAAUUGUACAUCAUAAUAUGGAUUUGUUUAAAAACGAUCUAAAUUGCACGUACGUCUCAUGUACUUCUGAUCUAGAAGAUAAUAAUUUUGCUUUGGUUUUAAAUUCCACUACAUUAGAAAAUACUAUGCGUACACAUAACGUGAAAACCGCUUAUUGGGAUUUAAGUAAUAAUAAUACUUUGGAUGCAAUACGUAUCAGAGUCAACACUACGUCAUGUAACUUUACAAUAGGUGACGGAAUUGAUAGUGUAGUAAGUAAUAAUUUAGGGAAUGUAACAGAUGUGCCUGCACAAGGUAGAUUUACAGGUUCUUACGGUGGAUUAUCCACCGUAGCAAAGAGAGAUGUUGUUUUAGGAGCUACACCGACUCGAAUUUUUUUAACAACCGAUAUAACGGACAGAUGUGACAUACCUUUGAAUAUGUUUUAUAUUUCUCCCAAUUUUGAACCUAAUGUUUAUAAAAUGGCUAAUUGGUUAGUAAACGAUAGUGGAUAUCAUACAGACCAAGCAUAUAAUCGUACAUGUCGAAUGAAAAUGGAAUGUAUCGCAAUUCCUGAAUGGAAAAAAAUGAAAAUAGUUGGGAAUACGCCAGAUAAUAUAAAAUUAUCGGAAGUAAAUUUUAAUAACAGCUUAGACAAACUCAAAGAAACAUUUUCUAACAAUGUGUCGGAUUAUAACGUGAAUGGAAAAGCCUUUGGAGAAAGACUUGUUGAUGAGAUUAUGAUUAAAAUGCAAACAAUAACAACAAAUUGGAGAGAAAUUAUCAAGUUCCAAGGAAAUACGCACAAUUACAAUUUUUUGGAUGAAUAUGAACGAGUAAUAUCACAAUCAUUGGUAUCAUCAAUACAAUCUAUGUCGAAUAAUAUCAAUGUUGAUGUUGAUGAAAUAGAGAAAUUAGAAGCUCCGGGACUUUGGAUAGAAAUAGCUAUUUUAACACUCGUAACAUUUUUUGUUUGUAGUAUUUUAUUGUUAAUCUUUACAACUAGAAAUGAAAAAAUGUUACUACCACUUAGCCCAUUGGAUUUUGGAAUCGUAUCUAAUGCUAUUUUCAAGGAAGACAGUACAAAAACUUCCUGGCCAUUUGAACUGGAUUAUUCUCAUCAAGAUAAAUCUAAACAUUUAGUUACGGCAAAUGAGGUUAACUGAUUAUAUUUUAUGAUAAUUGUAAAUUUUAUGAUGAAAUUCAGUUGUUGUUAAGUAAUAUUUAAUAUAAAUUGUUGCACGAUAUACCAUUAUAUAACAAUAAAAAUUUUAUUUUUGCUAUUUAAAAU